AUGGCCCAUGCUCCUCUUCUUCGAAAUAAUACCGCUCCGGUCUUUCAGUCCAACCAGAGCGGCUUCAACAUCCUGCAACCGAACAAAAUGAGCAGUGCGCCCCGCGGCAGCCAGUUGUCGGGUUCGACGGCGUACGCUGGCUCGACGACGUCGUUGAGCUCGCUGGGCAGCGCCGCCACGGUCGUGCCAGCCCAAAAUGGCGGCCCUGUCAUGGCAACGUCCAACAUCAUUAACCAAAAAGCUGACGCGUCGCGGUCUCUCUACCAGAUUUGCGUUUCCCUCAAACAGCGGCUGAGCCAAGUGCCUGAUUUCGCGCCCUUUCUAGACCAGCUCGACCCGUCAGAUCCAGUCGAUCCGCUAUGGAACCUCCUCCGCACCGGCUACCCCCUUCUCACAAUAUACAACUCUCUGCAGCCGACGGAGCCCCUCAAGGUUGAGGACACCAACGCAUCAGAAGCCAAGAAGUCCAAGAUCGCCGUGUUCAAGUUCGUGCAAGCAUGCAUGAAGGAACUGCAGGUGCCUCCUGCCCAGAGUUUUGUGAUUACCGACUUGAUGGGAACCGACACGAGCGGCUUCGUCAAGGUCAUACAGGUGGUCCACUACGUGCUUGACUUGGCUGAGCAGCGUGGCUUGCUGCUUCAGCUUCAGCCCUACCCCGAAGAUGAACAGGCCGCGGCAACCGGAGGCUCGCAGAUGAGCUACCGAGACCACAUAGUGAAGGAACUGGUCGACACCGAGCGCAAGUACGUACAGGACUUGGAAAACCUGCACGACCUGAAAAAGAUGCUGGAGCAAAAGGGCCUCAUCCCCGGUGACGUCGUGCAUCAAAUAUUCCUCAACAUCAACGCCAUUCUCGAUUUCCAGCGACGGUUCCUCAUCCGGGUCGAAACCACAAACUCCAUGCCCAAAGCCGUGCAGCGUUGGGGCGCCCCGUUUUGCUUCUACGAGGAUUCCUUUGACAUUUACCAACCCUUCAUCGCCAAUCAGCGCAAGGCUGCCCAGAUCGCCAACCUAGUGUUUGACAAGAUUCAGCAAUCGGACCAUCCGGUCGCUGCCGACUUCAACACCUUGGAUGGAUUUUUGCUCAAACCCAUGCAACGCCUAGUCAAGUACCCUCUGCUGCUGAAAGAUUUGGCCAAGAAAUCCGAAGAUGAAGAGGUCAAGGACGAUCUCUGUACCGGAUGCGAUGCCGCCGAACGGGUUCUUUUCAAGGCCAACGAGGCCGUGAACCGCGACCUUCUGGACGAGUCUCUCGAGGAGCUGAUUACAAGAGUAGACGAUUGGAAGUCCCAUAAGGUGGAGUCGUUUGGAAAGCUGCUCUUGCACGGUGUGUAUGGUGUCACCACGGGGAAAAAUGAGCAGGAGAAGGACUACGAAAUUUACCUCUUCGAGUGCAUCUUGUUAUGCUGCAAAGAAGCAUCCAGCAAAAAGGACAAGACUCGGUCAAGCGGACCCAAGAUCAAGAAUAGGAGCGCCAAACUUCAGCUGAAGGGAAGGAUUUUCAUGACUAACGUGACUGAUGUCGUGUCCCUUUCAAAACCUGGUUCGCACAGCGUUCAGAUUUGGUGGAAGGGUGACCCAGGCGUCGAAAAUUUCACGAUUAAAUUUCUCAACGAGGAGACGAUGAGGAAAUGGGCGGCCGGGCUAGAGACGCAAAGGAAAGAAAAUGCGCCUCGACUUUCUACGAGUCAAGAGUCCAUCAGGAACGAUUUCGCUUGGACACGGGAUCACGCUGGUGGUCUUGAGAACCCGUACCUGCAGCAGGAAGACGACGAUGAGGACUACGGCGGACCUGCGACGGCGCCGGCGCAGAUGCAGAUGUCGUCGCAAUCGAUGGGCUCUGUCGUCCCCCGUACUUCCUCAAACGGCAGCUUGAGACAACGGUCCGCCACCGGAGAAAGCACCCAGUCGCUCGCCAGCAUCGCCCGAGCUCCGCCACCACGGUUUCCACCGCCCAUGCCUCCUUCUUCGUCGCUCAGCAUACAGACGGCGUCGAGCACGGGCGCUCAGUCUCCUGGUUCAAGAGGAGGAGACAGCUACUUCUCGCCUGUGCCCGAGUCCCCCGCCUCUUCCCGGACGAGCACCACCAGUGGCAUCUUCCCUGGACCAGCGUAUCAGUUCUCUUCCUCCUCCAAGGCCGGAACGCCGCAACCGGUGUGGGACGACUCACGAUAUGGGCCUGGCGGCAUGCCUCGGGCUCCCUCGAGGGAUGGCUCCUCACCGAACCCCCUUGGAAUGGGUGGCGGAGGUCGAGCAGCGCGCGGUCCGUCGCUGCCGGUCAUGGCGACGCACAGCCAGACGGCAGCUCAGCAGCAACGCAGCCGCUCGUACAGCACACCCGAUGCCAAUGUCGCUGGCAUGCCGCGGCAGCGCCAGCCUAGCCAAAGCAACAUCCCCGCCGUGCCGGGGAUCCCUCAACACCUGCACCCGGCGGCCCUUGACGGCAACAUUUCCAGAUCACAAACCGGCUCCCCUCGUAACGAUCUUCCGAUCCGGACCAGCACCCAGAGCCCCGGAGCCCAGCGCGAGCGAAUGCAUCAGCAUCAGCAUCAGCAUCAGCACUCGGGCAGUCUCGGCGGCAGCACCAUGUCUGCGUUUCCCUCGCAACCGGCUUACUCGCGCGGGAACACGCCGGUACCGAACGGGGUGAACUCGAUCAGAGCGGACGCUGCCGCCCCAGCCGCAAACUCGCGCAACGCGUCCCCGUCGAUUGGAGCCGGAGGGACCCUUUCGCACAACGGCAGCUCCCUGGCGAGUCCUGACUUGCCCAUGCCCACUCAGCUGAAGGUCCGGGUGAACUGCGACAGCGGGAAUUACGUCACCUUGGUGGUGGCUUUCAACAUAACGUACCAGUCCUUGAUUGAUCGGAUUGACGCCAAGCUCGCGCGGUUCAUGACGAACAGCAUCAGUAAAGGGGCGCUGAAGCUGCGGUAUCGCGAUGAAGAUGGCGAUUUCAUCACGAUUGAAAGUGACGACGACAUUCAAAUUGCAUUUACGGAGUGGCACGAAGGGGUACGCAACAUGUACUCUGGCGGUGUAGGGGAGAUUGAGCUCUUUUGCGUCGGAGAAGGGCAAUAA